CUUGUGUUGUUGAGGCUGAGGGCUGACUUGGGUUCUGAGAGACUCCCUGUCCCGGACCGCAGUGGGGACCAGUCUCAUUAGGUUGAAUCAACAGCCUACGUUGGUGUUAAUCCACAUAACUUAGAGUGUUAAAAGGACCUGAACAGUCUACUCUAACCUCUUGCUGUGAACCAGCAGAGCUUUUGAACAGGUUUCUUCACAUAUAGAAUUCUUUGUAAAAAUACGGAGAAGAAUGGCAGCAGAAACUCAGACACUGAACUUUGGGCCUGAAUGGCUCCGAGCUCUGUCCAGUGGUGGGAGUAUCACAUCCCCUCCUCUUUCUCCAGCACUGCCGAAGUAUAAAUUAGCUGAUUAUCGCUAUGGCAGAGAAGAAAUGUUAGCACUUUUCCUUAAAGACAACAAGAUACCUUCAGAUCUUCUGGAUAAAGAAUUUCUACCUAUCCUACAGGAGGAGCCCCUGCCACCAUUGGCUCUAGUACCCUUUACAGAAGAAGAGCAGAGAAACUUUUCCAUGUCUGUAAAUAGUGCUGCUGUCCUGCGAUUGACAGGACGAGGAGGAGGCGGCACAGUGGUGGGGGCUCCUCGAGGGCGAAGUUCUUCAAGAGGCCGAGGUAGAGGUAGAGGUGAAUGUGGUUUCUACCAAAGAAGUUUUGAUGAAGUAGAGGGUGUGUUUGGUCGAGGAGGUGGCAGAGAAAUGCAUAGAUCACAGAGCUGGGAGGAAAGGGGUGAUAGACGUUUUGAAAAACCAGGGCGAAAAGAUAUAGUGAGACCAAAUUUUGAGGAAAGUGGACCAACAUCAGUGGGGAGAAAGCAUGAAUUUAUACGGUCAGAAAGUGAAAAUUGGAGAAUUUUUAGAGAGGAACAAAAUGGAGAAGAUGAAGAUGGAGGCUGGAGAUUAGCUGGAUCAAGAAGGGAUGGAGAGCGGUGGCGGCCCCACAGCCCUGAUGGCCCUCGCUCUUCAGGCUGGCGGGAGCACAUGGAACGCCGUCGGAGGUUUGAGUUUGAUUUUCGAGAUCGAGAUGAUGAGCGGGGUUAUCGAAGGGUGCGCUCUGGCAGUGGGAGCAUGGAUGAUGACAGGGAUAGCUUACCGGAAUGGUGCUUAGAGGAUGCUGAAGAAGAAAUGGGUACAUUUGAUUCAUCUGGAGCAUUCCUUUCUCUAAAAAAAGUACAGAAAGAGCCUAUUCCUGAAGAGCAGGAGAUGGACUUCCGGCCUGUGGAGGAAGGGGAGGAGUGCUCUGAUUCUGAGGGUAGCCAUAAUGAAGAGGCCAAAGAACCUGAUAAGACAAAUAAGAAAGAUGGAGAGAAAACAGACAGAAUAGCAGUUGAAGCCAGUGAGGAAACACCCCAAACUUCAUCUGCUAGACCAGGGUCUCCUUCAGACCAUAAGCCUCAGGAAGCACCACAGUGUGAGAGGAAAGAUGAACCAAAAACGGAACAGAUAGAAAAAGCUGAAGAGGAGAGUCGGACAGAAAACAGUUUACCAGCCAAAGUGCCCAGCAGAGGGGAUGAAAUGGUUCCUGAUGUCCAGCAGCCCCUGACACAGCUCCCUUCAGACACAGCUUCUCCUCUUCUCAUCCUUCCACCUCCUGUUUCCACUCCUAGUCCUGCCCUGCAGCCAGUUGAGCAACCUGUUGUUGGCGCUCCUGGUAUGGGCAGUGUUUCUACAGAGCCAGAUGAUGAAGAGGGUCUCAAACACUUGGAACAGCAAGCUGAGAAGAUGGUGGCUUAUCUCCAAGACAGUGCACUAGACGAUGAGAGACUAGCAUCAAAACUGCAAGAACAUAGAGCUAAAGGAGUGUCAAUUCCAUUGAUGCAUGAAGCAAUGCAGAAGUGGUAUUAUAAAGAUCCUCAGGGAGAAAUUCAAGGUCCCUUCAAUAAUCAGGAGAUGGCAGAAUGGUUUCAGGCAGGCUAUUUUACAAUGUCUUUGCUUGUGAAGAGAGCAUGUGAUGAAAGCUUCCAGCCUCUUGGUGACAUAAUGAAAAUGUGGGGAAGGGUUCCUUUCUCCCCAGGUCCAGCUCCCCCUCCUCAUAUGGGGGAAUUGGACCAGGAACGUCUGGCCAGGCAACAGGAACUCAGCACCUUAUACCACAUGCAACACCUUCAGUAUCAGCAGUUCUUAAUACAACAACAGUAUGCGCAGGUUUUGAAUCACCAGCAGAAAGCAGCUUUGCCAUCCCAGCAUCAGCAACAGCUAGCUCUUCUUCUCCAGCAAUUCCAGGCCCUGAAGAUGAGAAUAUCUGAUCAGAACCUGAUUCCCUCAGUAACGAGGUCUGUGUCGGUGCCAGAUACUGGCUCUAUAUGGGAGCUUCAGCCAGCUGCUUCACAACCCACAGUUUGGGAAGGCAGUAGUGUGUGGGAUCUUCCCCUGGACACUACAGCACCAGGCCCUGCCCUAGAACAGCUUCAGCAACUGGAGAAGGCCAAAGCUGCAAAGCUAGAGCAGGAGAGAAGAGAGGCGGAAAUGAGGGCAAAACGGGAAGAGGAGGAACGAAAGAGGCAAGAAGAGCUCCGAAGGCAACAGGAAGAAAUGCUUCGGAGGCAGCAGGAGGAAGAGAGGAAACGGCGGGAGGAGGAAGAGCUUGCCCGAAGGAAACAGGAAGAGGAGGCUGCCAAAUGGGCCCGGGAAGAAGAAGAAGCUCAGCGUCGAUUAGAAGAGAACAGGCUGCGGAUGGAAGAGGAAGCAGCCAGACUCCGGCAUGAGGAGGAGGAGCGGAAGAGGAAGGAGCUGGAGCUGCAGCGUCAGAAGGAACUGAUACGCCAGAGGCAGCAGCAGCAAGAGGCCCUCCGGAGAUUGCAGCAGCAGCAGCAGCAGCAACAGUUGGCACAGAUGAAGCUUCCCUCUUCUUCAACAUGGGGCCAACAGUCUAAUACAACGCCAUGUCAGUCCCAAGCCACCCUGUCAUUGGCUGAAAUCCAAAAGUUGGAGGAAGAAAGAGAACGGCAGCUUCGAGAAGAGCAAAGGCGUCAGCAGAGAGAAUUGAUGAAAGCUCUCCAGCAGCAGCAACAACAGCAACAGCAGAAACUCUCAGGUUGGGGGAAUGUCAGCAAGCCUGCAGGUUCCACAAAGUCUCUUUUGGAGAUCCAGCAGGAAGAGGCCAGGCAGAUGCAGAAGCAGCAGCAGCAGCAGCACCAGCAACCAAACAGAGCCCGGAAUAAUGCACAUUCCAACCUGCAUACCAGCAUUGGAAAUUCUGUUUGGGGCUCUAUAAAUUCUGGUCCUCCUAACCAGUGGGCCUCUGACCUGGUCAGUAGUAUCUGGAGUAAUGCUGACUCUAAAAACUCCAACAUGGGAUUCUGGGAUGAUGCCGUAAAAGAAGUGGGACCUAGGAAUUCAACAAAUAAAAAUAAAAACUCCAGUCUCAGUAAAUCUGUAGGUGUGUCUAACCGGCAGAAUAAGAAAGUAGAAGAAGAAGAAAAGUUGCUGAAGCUCUUUCAGGGAGUAAAUAAAGCCCAAGAUGGAUUUACCCAGUGGUGUGAACAGAUGCUUCAUGCCCUUAAUACGGCAAAUAACUUGGAUGUUCCCACAUUUGUUUCUUUUUUGAAAGAAGUUGAAUCUCCUUAUGAGGUCCAUGAUUAUAUCAGGGCCUAUUUAGGAGACACUUCUGAGGCCAAGGAGUUUGCCAAGCAGUUCCUUGAGCGUCGUGCCAAACAGAAAGCCAACCAGCAGCGUCAACAGCAGCAGCAGCAGCAGCAGCAGCAGCAGCAACAGCAACAGCAACAGCAGCAGCAACAGGACUCUGUGUGGGGGAUGAAUCACAGUACACUCCAUUCAGUAUUUCAGACCAAUCAAAGCAACAACCAACAAUCCAAUUUUGAGGCUGUGCAAAGUGGCAAGAAGAAGAAAAAGCAGAAGAUGGUUCGAGCAGAUCCCAGUUUACUAGGGUUUUCCGUCAACGCGUCAUCAGAGCGACUCAACAUGGGCGAGAUUGAGACUCUGGAUGACUACUGAGCCCGCUGCUGCCCCGCCCUCCCUCUCUGCCCGCCAACCACAUGCUCUCCACUUGGACACAUCAUGCACUCGUCAUUUGCUCUCUGUCACUCUGCAACAAAUCACAGAAUCGAUCAUCUCAGGCUUUUUCUCCUAGCCCUUUGUGUCCAAGAUUCUUUAAAUCAAUUUUGUUGGUGAGCCCCUCAGACUGUACGUAGUGGGCCAAACCCUGUGUCUCAGGGUGGCAGCUGGGAUUUGCUCCCCAACAAGGCUGAUGUUGGCAGCACAUGGUCGCUGUGCCGUGGUUUCAUCUGCUGUCUCCAGAAGGUGUGUUGGGAUCUGCUGAUAGCAGCUUACUUUCCCUUACCACUUUUUUUCCUUCUGUUUUGUUUUUUCUUCUUCUUUUCUCCCCCUGUAAGGGCAGGAGGUCUAAUGGUGCAAUCAUGAAGAGAGUCAAUGGUAACAGACAGUGGCCAGCAACACAGUGUCCCACGGACUGUGACUUGAGUAUCCGCAGAGACAGUCCAAGCUCUCCAUCUGGUUGUAUUGCCACUGCUACCUUCGGGAUUGCAUCAGAGAGACCCCCAGUGGAGGGGGUGGAGGGUGGAUUGGUUUGGUGGUGCACAUCCGUCGCCUGCUCUUUCUGAACACCCUUUCGGAGAAAGGAUUCAUGUUUUCUUCAUUAGAUAGUGACUUGCAAACAAGCUGACUUCUCUCCUGGCGUGCUCCAACCUUACGGGACAAAAGAAGCCCUGUGGCCGGGGAGAGAGACUUAUUCUUAAUUUUUCUUUCUUACAAAAACUGAUUUUUUUUUUCCCAUAAAUAUUUUUACUUCAGAGGACUAGGACCAGUUUGUUUUGGGCCCUUCUGUGAAAAUUUGUCUCGUUUAAGAGACAGCUAGGAUCUUUACCAUAUGUAUGAAUUUGUAUAAUUUCAUUUUGGAUAGGGAUAAACUUUUGCUUCCGAUAAAAGCCCGGAAUUUCA